AAUGCGGAAGUGUGUGAGCGGAGGACUCGCCUGGCUUGGGGGACGCGUGUUUCGCUUCAGCGUUUGAAAUAUCAUUCUCACUUUCGAGCCUGGGAGUUAGGCGUCCUGCGGCGAUGAAUAGCGUCGGGGAGGGCUGCACCGAUCUCAAGCGGGAAUACGAUCAGUGCUUCAACCGCUGGUUCGCCGAGAAAUUCCUGAAGGGUGACCGGAGCGGCGACCCGUGCACGGAGACGUUCAAGAAAUACCAGCACUGCGUGCAGAAGGCCAUAAAGGAGAAGGACAUCCCCGUUGACGGAAUAGAGUUCAUGGGGCCCAAUAAAGACAAGCCAGAGAGCUGAUUAAGACACACCUGAGCACCCCCCCCCCCAAAAAAAGGACCUGUAAUUUUCUACACGUCUCGGAACCUGCGCAGAGUCCAUCCUGAGCGGAGACCGGGAUGUGAUGCGACACGGUACCGCCGCCAGAUCCUCCCCGGCACUACUGGAAAUAGCAGGUCCGCGUGGAGACGGACCUGCUCAUUUCAUCAGUUAUUUCAUCGCUCGGACUCUUGGCACAAGAGCGGGGGUCGGCUGUCUCCAAUGCGUAAUUGGCUAUGACGAGAUGACCCGAGGGAACGAAUGUUGUGGCCGUGAGGAGUGUUUUGCAACUCGCAGAUAUUAGAGUUCUGGACAACUGGAGGUGUCUUGGAAGCAUCGCUCCUCACCUUCCUUACCCGUGAGCCAUGCGGAGGUGACUUGAGGCUAACAGCUGUGGUGGGAGGAGCUUGUUUGAUGAACCUCUUGACAUGCCUGCUCUUGCCUUACAUCCCCUUUGGGUCAACGUCAACUCCGGGCUUCAGUGCGCGCAAACCACCUCAGUUCAGCAGCGCACAGGACUUAUGCAUAUCAUCCUCGCGUGUUGCAAAAUGACAAUAUGAAACGAUCAGGUUUGCUGUUACGAAUGUAUUUUAAAACUUGGUUGUGGAGUCACAGGGUGUGUAAAUGUAAGCAGAAUGUGGGUUUUGAGAUGCAUUCUGAUUAACAGUGACUUCUGUUUUGACAGUUAUUUUAUCAUAGUCUCUUUUCUAUCAUGAAGAUAUUUUUUAGCUGACUGCUCAUCCUUAAUAGCUGUGCAUGCAGGAUUAAUACCAAUGGUGAAAAUAAAAUCCUCAAG